AGUGAUCUAAGAAGCCAAAAAUCACUCAACGCUGAUCGGGGGCGCCCGCCCGUGGCCGUGACGAUACGGUAUUACGCAGGAAUCGGCCUACAAUGGACCGGUCUAGGGCCUGCGGGUGGGGGGAUGAUGUCAUCUGGGAUGACCGUACCGUACGGGUGAUUGGCAGAGGGGCCGGGGAACUGCCAGCCGGGUUGGAGUCCGGUACGGUAAGUUGGAGGGCGUAUGAUAUGAUGGUGACACGGCCUUAUCUUGGACCCCCUCCACGACCCCCCAGCCAACUUACCUACCCAGGCCUAGCACCGUCAGGAGGCCCAAAUCACUUGAUAGCGACCGCCGUCCAUCUUACAAAUAGGAAUGUGCCUGGCGUCCACCGGGUUAUCAGAAGCCAGCUUGUUCCUGGCGCUUGUCUUCGCGCUUGUACGGUGUACCCGAUCUCCCAUCGUGACGGCCCAGCUGCCAGCUGCCUUUGAGAAUGACUUCCGUUGUCCGCAGCGCGCCCUUGCGGUUUCAGCACUAUUGGCUGCCUUUGGUCUGGCAUGAUGACUACCCUAGAUGGUCUCCGACCAUAGAAUCGCCCUUAUUCUCCAUAGCAAGGUCAAGGUGCCCUGGUCAGUGGCAACGCGGAGGUUGACGCGUUGUUGCUUGA